AUGUUUCGAGGCGUGGUGGCAGCUGUUGAUAAAACGCCACCGAUGCCGCAUUCGCGCCUACCUGAAGGCAUGUUGAAGAAAUUCAAGGAAGAUCCGCGUCCAAAUCAAAAUGAGGGAGCGUUCUCUAAACGAGAUGUUGGUCGAGGCGAGGCAAGUGGUCGCCACGGUGCUCGAUCUCGUCGUAAUCAGUUGACACAGGGCAGUUGA